AUGUCGUCGGCCACUGCCAAGUACAAGUUCAACCAGAUCGGCAUCAGAGUCUCUGACCUCGACCGAUCCUUGCAUUUCUACAAGGAUGUCUUGGGUAUGACAGAACUGGGGCGUAUGGAGCUUGACACUGUCAAGAUUUGUUUUGUGGCAUUUCCUGAGGGUGAUGCCGGCACAGCCGGCGACAUGAGCACGCUCCUAUCCAGGCAAGCUGUACUGGAAUUGAUCUGGUCAGAGCACUCGUCGAAACUUAUAACCAACCCCAACGAGCACCCAGGAUUCGGCUUCAUCAAGCUCUGCUUCACAGUUCCAGAUCUUCCAGCUUGCAUGCAACGACUUGUCGACAACGGGGUCAAGAUCCUCAAACAGCCUGGCUCCACCCAGGGCCUGGAGGUGGCGGCUCGUGCAACUGGAGCAGAGUCCCCGGAAAAGGGGAGAAAUGAGGGACUGUGGAAGGCUGUCACUGGAGUAGGUUUCGCAGAGGAUCCUGACGGGUAUCUUGUCGAAAUCUUACAGUAUUGA